GUCUUUUUUGUCGUUACUUUGUUUGUCCUACAAAGUCGAUGAUUGGUUCUGUGUAGGUCAUCUAAUUGAUUGGUGUCUCCUGACUGCUCCCACUUGGAGUGCAGGGCAAAGGAGAAACCUUUCCUGGGUUAUUUUUUACAGACCUCUUUGAAGUCGCUCUUUCCGCCUUUGGUGCAUGUAGUUCAGUGGAUUUUGGGCUUAUUUGGGAUGACUACACAUCGUCUUCAAAUCCAGUCUCUGAAUUCUUGUUACAGCAUUAAACCUGCUACUCAAAGUUAUUUUCGCUCCAGUUACAUGCAGCUUUCUCCGUUUUCAAUCAACAAUUUCUUUGUAAUUUUGCGACAGAUAACAUCGACUUCAGCUCAUAACAACAGUAACGCGUUUACAAAUUUCAUUCACUCGAGAUAUCAUGAGGUCAAGUCCGCAAAACCGGAGCUAUCAAAUUAUGAUGUGAUCAGAAAGUUAGCACAGUUGUACAAAUCACUUCCAGUUGAAGAGGUAGAAAAGUUAAAGUUAGAAGCGAAAGAACAUCAAUCUCAUGUCAAAAAAGCGACCAAGUUUGCUUAUCGUAAUGGAAUGCCAAAAAGUCCACCAAACUCUGGACUCAAAGUUUUUAUGAGAGAAAAACUAAAGGAUUCUAAGGGUACACCAGUGUCUCAAAUGCGAAAUGACUUUAAAGAUACUGUAAAACAAUGGAUGUCGCUGCCUGAAUCUGAUCAACUGGAGUAUAAUAACAUUGCAAAAGAUCUAAAAAAUGAUUAUGAAACUAAACUUAAAGAAUGGGCUACAAAAAAUAAUAUUCAAUAUACAAAACGUAUAUCAAUACUGGCUGAUAGAUUCUAUAGAGCAUAUUACCCAAAAUAAAAGAAUCCAUUAAUUAUUAAAUGAAGACAGAGAUGAAUAAGAUUACUACAAAAUGUAAUACUUUUACUACUUCCACUGGUGUUGUUUUCUUUGUGGUUUUAAAUUCUGAAAAGCCGAUAAACCAACCAAUGGUAGUAAUCAGUUUUUGUGCGAAUUAUUAUUGUCAUUUAUAUAUCUGUUUAUUGAAUCUUUUAGUAAUGUGUAGCCUAUUUCUUGUUACUACUCAUCUAUUUCAAGAAUAUUUUUUUCUCUCGUUUUUUUUUUCGCAUCGUUACUCGUUAGAUUGUUUUCUUUCUUUUUUUUUUCUGUUUUGUUAAGCUACUAAAUGAUGUUUAAAAAAAUUUUCUGUAUUCAUCUGUCAUAAAUGUGUAAUAACUAAUUAUUGGUUUACUCAUU